AUGUCGGGACGGGCCGCAAUGCGAACCCCUGAACCCCCUGACCGCGACGAUCACGAAGACCCACCACCGCGACUGUUGAGACCGAGACGCACCACCAGACCACCUAACAACUAUGCUCAAGAGCAGGAGAAAUGCACUGAGCAGAGAGAGACGCGCUCCCAGCAGAGCAAGAGAACCCAAGACAAAACAGUAGCCCAACGUGACGCGGUAGCUUCGGACGACUUGACAGAGAGCGAGGACCUGAACACCGCCAAACUAGUGAAGGAGCUUGUCAAACUCAGGAGAGAGAUCAGACAGCGAGAUGAUUUGCAUAGAGAAGAGAUCCAGAAAGUUCAAGAAGAAUUUCAGAAAGAAUUUCAGAAAGUCAAGGAUGAAUUUGGUGCCGCACUCGCAGAAGUUCGCAACGAGUUACAGAUCCUGACUGACAGACCCCCGACACCGCAAUCGCACUGCGAAUCAUGCUCACAGAACAGCCACGAUGAGAUCCUCCGCAAAAUUUAUUCCCUACGCGAUGCCAUCAGCCCUACUGUUCCUACUGGCUCCCUGUCCUAUGCAGAUGUUGCCCAUACCCCUCCAACCAGUCAACCGAGCAAUAUACGAACUCUCUCAUCGUCGAAUACGACACCGACCACCUUCACUGACACGUUAUACUACACAAUAGAUACCUUAAAGAUAGCAGACAAUGAGAACGAGAGAAUGUCUGUAGGCCGAGUCAGGGUGGCAGUUGAGAUAGAGAUCCAGAUGAUGGAAGGCUAUAUGCACUAG